UGGGGUGAUGUCGCUAAGGAGUUUUACUGGAAGACCCAGCCCUCUGGGCUGUUUCUGAAGUACAACUUUGACGUGACAAAGGGGAAGAUCUUCGUUGAAUGGAUGAAAGGGGCGACGACCAACAUCUGCUACAACCUGUUGGAUAGAAAUGUCAAUGAGAAGAAACUGGGGGACAAAAUUGCUUUUUACUGGGAAGGGAACGAGCCUGGGGAUUCUGCGAAAAUCACAUACAAUGAGUUGCUGCACAAAGUCUGUCAGUUUGCCAAUGUUCUCCGCAGCCAAGGUGUGAAAAAAGGAGACCGCAUUUCCAUCUACAUGCCGAUGAUCCUGGAGCUGGUUGUAGCCAUGCUUGCCUGUGCCAGGAUUGGGGCUCUUCAUUCCGUUGUGUUUGCAGGUUUCUCGGCAGACUCUCUCUGUGAGCGGAUUCUUGACUGUGGUUGUUCACUCCUCGUUACAGCAGAUGCCUUUUAUCGAGGGGACAAGCUGAUUAGCUUGAAACAGAUUGCAGAUGAAGCCCUCCAGAAAUGUAAAGACAAGGGCUCCCCUUUGAAAAAGUGCAUCGUGGUCAAGCACCUGGGGAGGGAAGAGUUAGCAGUGGACGGGACGUGCAGCAAGUCUCCCCCUCUCAAAAGGCUCUGCCAGGACGUACAGGAAAAAAAGACUGCAAGCUCACAGAGACUACAUCCCAAGACCCCCUGGGAUCCAGCCACAAACAUGUGGUGGCAUGAGCUGAUGAGCGGUGCCAGCACGGAGUGUGAACCCGAGUGGUGCGAUGCGGAGGAUGAACUUUUCAUCCUCUACACCAGUGGCUCAACUGGGAAACCUAAGGGUGUGCUGCACACAGUGGGUGGAUACAUGCUCUUUGUUGCCACUUCGUUUAAAUAUGUGUUUGAUUACCACCCCGAGGAUAUCUACUGGUGCACAGCUGACAUUGGAUGGAUAACUGGCCAUUCCUACCUCACUUACGGACCCCUGGCAAACGGGGCAACUAGUAUAUUAUUUGAAGGUGUCCCCACCUACCCGGACGUUGGGCGAAUGUGGAGCAUCGUUGACAAGUACAAGGUGACCAAGUUCUACACGGCGCCCACAGCCAUCCGGCUGCUGAUGAAGCAUGGGGAGGAGCCUGUCAAAAAGCACAGCAGGAAGUCUCUGAAGGUGAUGGGGACUGUCGGGGAGCCCAUCAACCCUGAAGCCUGGCUAUGGUACUACCGUGUGGUGGGAGAAGAGAGGUGUCCCAUUGUGGAUACGUUCUGGCAGACGGAGACGGGUGGCCACAUGCUGACGCCUCUCCCUGCUGCCACCCCUAUGAAGCCGGGCUCUGCCACGUUCCCUUUCUUCGGUGUGGUCCCUGCCAUCUUGAACGAGUCGGGGGAAGAGCUGGAAGGAGAAGCAGAAGGCUACCUGGUCUUUAAGCAGCCCUGGCCAGGAAUAAUGCGCACAGUAUACGGAAACCACCAGCAAUUUGAAACCACCUACUUCAAGAAGUUCCCUGGGUACUACGUGACGGGUGAUGGUUGCAGGAGAGAUAAAGAUGGUUAUUACUGGAUCACAGGACGAAUUGAUGACAUGUUGAAUGUUUCUGGCCACUUGCUGAGCACUGCAGAGGUGGAGUCAGCCUUGCUUGAGCACUCAGCCAUCUCUGAGGCUGCAGUGGUCAGCCACCCGCACCCCCUGAAAGGCGAGUGCCUCUACUGCUUCGUGACUCUGAGAGAUGGCCAUGAGUUCACCAAGAAUCUGACAGAUGAGCUGAAAAAACAAGUGAGAGAAAAAAUUGGACCGAUAGCAACACCUGAUUACAUCCAGUAUGCCCCUGGCCUGCCCAAAACCCGCUCAGGAAAGAUAACCAGAAGGAUAUUAAGGAAGAUUGCCAAAAAUGACCAAGAUCUGGGGGACAUCUCCACCCUGGCAAACCCGGGCAUCAUAAACCAUCUUUUCAACAGCAGAUGUGACACUAAGCUGUAGCAGCAUGACCUGUCCCUUCUGAACAGAACUGUAGCAGCAGCAGCAUCCUGAUGAGCGGGUCCCUCAAGUAACUGCUGUCCGCCCUGGAAAAGAAACCUUCUCCUGAUGAACUGAAUGUAUAAAUGCUGUAAACGAGGAGGGAAAAGCUGGCUCUGGAGAGGCCUCAUCUCACUAGUCUGUCCAUGCCUCAGAGGAGUGAACGCAUCCUUUUGCGGAUUGGUAUGAUGCACCUGAGGUUCCAGCCUCGUUCACUUGUGCCAGAGGGACUUAGGCUCUUCCCUUUUCAUCACCUAGUUCAUGAUUUUUUUUGGGGGGGGGAGGGGAGGUGUUUAAUUUAUGUAAUUGAGGGGCCCUGGUGUCUUGCCUGCAGUGGGAAGGAACUAGGGAGUUGGAGAGGAAGUGGUACUUUACUGCCAAAGCUGGCAACACAGAAGUACUGGAAUUACUCAAUGCAAGCAGGCAAGGGAGGUUCAUCUGCUGUUGUCCACGCACCAGCUAAGAUUCCUCUUCUACCAGUGUUGUAAGCUGGGAGAAGACUUAACACUCUCACAUCAUAGCUUUUUAAUUGAGUUUUAGUCUUGCAUCCGCUGUCCAAGCUGCUUGUUAGCAGAGGGCCCCAAGCCUGGAAAGGAAUGGUGCAAGACUCAAGGGAGCUCUGUUCUUCAGAUAGGUUUUAUACAACUCUUUGGUACUAAGGUUUGUUAUUUUCUAACUGUGUGAUGCCAGCUGUUGCAUUUUUCCUAAUCUGGGGUCCUUUGCUGGCUGCGGAUGCAAUAGGGAGCCUGGAGCCUGGGUCUGAAAGGAAACGGUCUUGGUCUGGUGUGCUCUGUAGAGCACUAUCUCCAGCUGCUUUCUGAUGCCAUCAGUUAAGCUUAGCAGAGGCAGGGCAGCGGGCUGCCUCUUUCAAAGGGCUGGGGGUAGGAGUGGGUACUACUGAUACCAAAGGAAAGGGGGGAGGGGGAAAACAAAACAAAACAACAAAACACACCACUAGGGAGAGGCAUCUUUCCCAGCACAAACAAAGUGUGUGGUGGGGGUGGUAGAGGGCAGUCAGACCAUUGCUACAACAAAGAAACCAAGGCAGGCAAGGCUGUUAUUCCAACAUGUUUUCUCAUCAGAAAUAAAACAGUGAAAGGUAUUUAAAGCCAGCUUUUGCUUAAAUGUGACAUGGCUUUAUGAUGAUGGGGGGAAAAAAAAAGAAAAUCUUAUCCAGCCCAAAAGCCUGAACAUUAAAGGGGUACUGCCAAAGCCAACAUUUCUUCCACAAAUUGAUUGAACUCCAGCCCUGGAUUGAGCUGGGAAAGAUACGUCCUUUGUAAUGUCUGUAUUGGACAUAGGCAUGAGCUGCUUGAGUUUACACUUCAACCAAAGGAGAAAUGGGCUUUAACCCUUGCUGCAACAGCUGUUUCAUGAACCCUAAUGUACAGGCUUUACCUGUAAAAUGAACUGACUUUUAGAUGGUCUGGAAAGCAAGAAGCAGCUGAUUGCUCAUGGUUAGAGGUGCUCGGAUGGGCUGUUGUCCAAGUCUCAUUUCGUACCUGCUACUCUCAUUUGCACAGUACUCAUCUGUGAUAUAUAACCUCAGUGUGUGCCUGUGUCUCAUGCUCCACCCACAGCUCUGUACCACUGCUCCAGCUUGUUAACAAGAAAUCCUACACCUGCUCUCCUCCUAUUUUACUCUGAGUUUGCUAUGUAAUUUUAGCUGGAGACAGCUAGAAUUUUAUGCAAAAAGGGAAUAAAAAUCAAGGAAACAAAAUGA